GCAGGGAUCUCGGAGCUGCAGCUUCUCAAACUGUGGGCGUUUUUUUUCCCUCAAUCUUGACUCCAGAGUUUUUUUUUUUUCUCCUGGGUGUUGCCUGACCGGUUUACGGCUUUGGAGUUUCACUGGGGUGCCAGCUGAGAAGAAGACGACUGAAACCGGAUAUUUUCUGUAACGAAAACAUUGUAAACUUUUUGAAGCGCAGUCGAAGGCCCUGGUAUUUUGUCCACGCUUUACUUUUCAGGCCACACAGCACCGGUUUUAUAUUAGCCGCUGUUAGCUUGCUAAGCUAACCGAGCUCGAGCUGCUGUAACGUUGGCUGGGUCGCAAGCGAGAGAGCCGUCCGAUGCAGGCCAUUAAGUGUGUGGUAGUGGGGGACGGGGCUGUGGGUAAAACAUGCCUGCUCAUCAGCUACACGACCAAUGCCUUCCCCGGAGAGUACAUCCCCACAGUCUUCGACAACUACUCUGCCAAUGUGAUGGUUGAUGGGAAACCGGUGAACCUGGGCCUGUGGGAUACAGCAGGACAGGAGGACUACGACAGGCUCAGGCCACUGUCCUACCCACAGACAGAUGUGUUCCUGAUUUGCUUUUCACUGGUCAGUCCAGCUUCCUUCGAAAACGUCCGCGCGAAGUGGUACCCGGAGGUGAGACACCACUGCCCCAACACACCCAUCAUCCUGGUGGGGACCAAGCUGGACCUGAGAGACGACAAGGAUACCAUUGAAAAGCUCAAGGAAAAGAAGCUGUCCCCCAUCAUCUACCCUCAGGGUUUGGCCAUGGCUAAAGAAAUAAGUGCUGUGAAGUACCUGGAGUGCUCGGCUUUGACGCAGCGCGGCCUUAAGACAGUGUUUGACGAAGCCAUCAGGGCGGUCCUGUGCCCCCCACCCAUCAAGAAGAGGAAGAGGAAGUGUAAAAUAUUGUAAUGGAAAACUGCAGGGAGUAGAAAAUGAAGUCAGAACUCGCUUACUCAGAGGGAAGAAAAUGAUGUCUGGGUUCCCCAAAUAUCUGUUCACCCCCCUGUGUCCUUGCUUACAUUAGAAGCUCUGGUAGAUCAGACUUCAUCUGAAAGAACUUCACAGAUUUAAGCAGCGCUGAAGGUUUUUAGUCAGGUCUGACUUGUGGUUUCUUACAUCUGUUUAAGUCCUUUCAGAUUGACAGGAAUGAAGUGACUUUGCUAAGGCCUUGGGGAAUGUGAGGGUGGGGGAAUUUGAUUUGGGAUCUGGGGUUGAUUAAGGAGAAAGAGGGAGGAUUUUACACACACACAAAAAUAUGUCAUUUUUCUGAGACAUUGUGAAGAAUCACUACUUGAACGUGAAUUUAUCAUGAAUUUACCGUAGAUUUAACUCUAUAAAAGAAGGAGGUCCUGCACAGCGCUCUUUCCCCUACACACUAAGAGAUUCCUGCUGCCUUGAUGAAAUUUUACUUUGAGAUAAAAUGUUUUUUUUAGAAGCUCUAAUUUCUCCUUUUUUUUCAUUGUCAGUCUCUUGUCAGCUGUGGUUUGACAGACCGUUUUGUUUACAUGUGUCAUCUGACGAGACUGAGGUGCUGCCAAAACUCAGUCAACGGUCAUCACUUUGUAGUCGCCCCAUGAACACUAAAAUGUUUUUUCUUCCUUUUACUUUUGUGUUAACCUUCCUUCAAUGCAGUUAUGAAGAAGUUUAACCCUUAAAUGACUUAAUUGACUUGUAACGUGUUGUAGCAGCUGCUAAGUUAAGUAAUAACUACUCUCUACAUUGAGUGAGCAUUUCAAACACAGUCUCUGAUAGAUAUUUAACAGGUAAUUAUUUUGUUUCUAAAAGAUUUCUAGAUGAAUCCAUUGCUCUCUUCCCUCUACGUGUUAAAUGAAUACACACAGUGUUUUAUGACUGAUUGUCGGGCAUGUGAAGGUGCAGUGCAGUCACGGCUCAUUCUCUAUUUAUGUGCAACGGUUAAACCCAUCAUUUCAACUAAAUUCUUGCUCAGAAAGUGCUUUGAAUAUUCAGGCUUUUUAUGCAGUGUACAAUGUUCAUAUUUUCUAUCAUAAUGGUGUGUAACCAUAUCAUUGUGACCCCAUCUAUUACUGUGUUUGAUGAAGUGAGCCAGUGUAUCAGCACUCAAUGGUUGUAAUUCAUUUUACUGUCUUUGUUGUACAGUAUCAUCAGCAGAUGCGUUUUAUUUUGAAAUGAGCAGUGAUCAAAUUGCACGGGUGCUCCGGUGAGCCACUGUAAAUCGGGACUCAUUUUAUCAGUGUUUCAGUGGCACAGAGGAAGUGCACACUUGGAUUUCCUUUCUUGCUAAAUGUGGUUUAAUUUUCAUAUAGUAAUAUGCUGAUUUUUUUUUUUUAAAAAGCAGAUAAAUUCAUUGAAAAUGA